AGUUAUUCGUGUAGCAAUUUUCAUAUGCCAGUUUUCAAUCCGACUGAAGAUGCUGAAGAGUUGGACUGUCUUCCCGGCAUAGAAGAAGGUUCCCAAAGUGGAGGUCUCAUUUUGAAGAAACCCAAAUUGAAACAGAAUUCUCUUUUUGCUGCUGAAGACAAAGAAAAAGAGGAGCAUAAGUUUAAAGUUCCAGAAUUGCCGCCUCCUAAGUCGCUUCUGGGCUUGGAUGUUUUGGCAGCUCAGAAGCGGAAGGCAGACGCCGAGAAGAGCUCCGAGUCGUCCGAAAAGGUCUACAGAAGACACGAGAGUCCCGCUCCCGAUACUCCUUCGUUUCCAUCAGACAAGUCGCGUGAAUACAGAACAGACCACUCCGCGAAGGAACAAAAACGUGGCCUGGCAUCGUCAAGUUCAAAACAUCGUGAUGAGCGCCGUCGCCGUAAACAUUCUAGUUCGAAUUCAAAAGACCGCCAUAAAGACAGUUCCAGAAAAGAACAUAGGUCUGGAAACGAAUCGAGGGAUCCUUAUGCAUCACCGUGGGAAUCCAAUCAAGGAUCUGAGACACCAGUAUACCAUUCGUCCUCCAGGGGAGAUGGUAGCUCAAGUCGGAGACAUCGCGGCAACAGCUCUAGGAGUUGGGAUGACGAUGAUGACAGUGGUUAUGGUUCCAAGAAAAGAUCUUCUUGGGACACCCCGUCACCCACUUCGUCCUCGGUUCACUGGGAUACUAGGCAGAAAAGCACUUCUAGAGUAAGCUCGCGGCAUAAGUAUCCAGAUGAAACACCAAUGCCUACGCCAACGUAUAAGUACAACCCUUGGGCGAAGAAUCACAAUGGACGGCAGAAUGGAAAUGAAAGUGGGCGGAGUUCGAGACAUCACGUGGGGGAUACUCCGGCGGCAAAUGAGGACCCAGAGCUGCGCCAGGAAUGGGAACAGGAGCAGAAACGACUGGACAGGGAGUGGUACAACAUGGAGGACGGGGGAGGCCACGAUGAGGACUACAACCCCUUCUCCUCCAUCCCCGAGGAGUAUGUGCAGAAGAAGGAGGAGACGCUGAACAGAGGCAGUGCAAAGAAGAUAUCUGCCAGACUCCAACAAAAGAAUAAAGACAUUGAAAAGUGGGAGCUGAACAGAAUCAUGCACAGCGGUGUAGUCCAGAAGUUAUCACAAGAAGACGAAGACUACGACGAGUCCAGCGAGGCCAAAAUACAUCUUCUGGUCCAGAAUGUAGUGCCACCCUUUCUAGACGGCCGUCUGGUGUUCUCCAGGCAACCAGAACCAGUGUUGCCAGUGAAAGACGGAACCUCUGAUAUGGCCCAGAUUUGUCGACAGGGAAGUGCUGUUGUAAGACAUCACAGGGACCAGAAAGAGAAAAAGAAGGCGCAAGAUAAGCAUUGGGACUUAGCUGGGACUAAUUUGGGGGAUAUUAUGGGCAUGAAGAAAGAUGACGACAAAGAAGAGUUAAGAGGUGACGGAACGGACAAUGAUGUGAACUAUAAAGAUGCUCAGAAGUUUGCAGACCACAUGAAAGACAAAACAGAGGCUGUAAGCGAGUUCGCAAAGCGAAGAUCAAUGAAAGAACAGAGACAAUAUCUCCCUGUAUACGCAGUCAGACAGGAGCUCAUUAAUAUCAUCCGAGAGAAUAAUAUCGUAGUUAUAGUGGGAGAAACUGGUUCUGGAAAGACAACUCAGUUGACUCAAUAUUUGCACGAGGAAGGCUUUAGUAAAUUCGGGUCCAUAGGGUGCACUCAGCCGAGACGUGUAGCAGCAAUGAGUGUGGCAAAGCGUGUAAGUGAAGAAAUGGGCUGCGAGUUGGGCGAAGACGUCGGCUACGCUAUACGUUUCGAAGACUGCACAAGUGAAAAAACUGUGAUAAAGUACAUGACUGACGGAAUUCUUCUUAGAGAGUCUCUUAAUGAACCGGAUAUGGACCGUUACAGUGCCAUAGUCAUGGACGAGGCCCAUGAAAGGUCACUUAAUACGGAUGUUCUGUUUGGCCUCUUGAAAACAGUUUGCGCGCGUAGAACUGAUUUGAAACUCAUUGUGACUUCAGCUACUAUGGACAGUGAAAAGUUUUCAAGUUUCUUUGGAAAUGUUCCCGUUUAUACAAUUCCUGGGCGAACUUUUCCUGUUGACACUUUUUUCAGUAAAACUUGCGUGGAAGAUUAUGUCGAUGCAGCUAUAAAACAGGCUAUUCAAAUCCACUUAGGAGCGCCACCUGGAGAUGUUUUGAUAUUCAUGCCUGGUCAAGAGGAUAUUGAGGUAACGUGUGAACAAAUAAACGAGCGGCUGACAAAUUUAGACGACCCGCCGCCACUAGCCGUGUUACCGAUUUACUCACAGCUGCCCACUGAUUUGCAAGCUAGAAUUUUCCAAAAAGCGCCUGACGGUGUUCGGAAGUGCGUUGUUGCCACUAACAUAGCUGAGACGUCACUGACUGUGGAUGGAAUCAUGUAUGUCGUAGAUCCAGGGUAUUCAAAACUUAAAGUUUAUAACCCACGAAUAGGUAUGGACGCGUUGCAAGUUUUCCCAAUCAGUCAAGCCAACGCAAACCAGAGGUCAGGACGUGCCGGUAGAACGGGUCCUGGACAGUGCUGGAGAUUGUACACUGAAAGAGCAUAUCGUGAUGAACUCCUUGCAUGUGCAAUUCCAGAGAUCCAAAGAACCAACCUGGCUAAUGUGGUUCUGCUACUGAAAAGUCUGGGUGUACAAGAUUUAUUGCAAUUUCCUUUCAUGGACGCACCUCCGCAAGAUAACAUGUUAAACUCCAUGUAUCAAUUAUGGAUUUUAGGCGCGUUAGAUAACACAGGAGAACUGACGGAUUUGGGUCGUCACAUGGUCGAGUUUCCAUUGGAUCCUGCUUUGAGUAAAAUGUUAAUAGUAUCAUGUGAUAUGGGUUGCAGUGCCGAGGCUUUAAUUAUAGUGUCAAUGCUCUCAGUGCCCGCGAUAUUUUUUAGACCAAAAGGCAAAGAAGAGGAAAGUGAUGCGGUACGUGAAAAGUUUGCAGUUCCUGAAAGCGACCAUUUGACCAUGUUAAACGUGUACCUUCAGUGGAAAACUAACGCAUACUCGUCACAGUGGUGUGUUAAACAUUAUGUUCACGCUAAAGCAAUGAAAAAGGUACGUGAGAUCCGUGAACAAUUAAAAGAUAUCAUGCAGCAACAGAAACUACCUUUAAACUCUUCAGGAACAGAUUGGGAUGUGAUUCGAAAAUGUAUUUGCUCGGCUUAUUUCCAGAACGCCGCCAAGCUGAAAGGGUAUGCUGAAUACGUGAACAUGCGAACUGGCAUGCCUUGUUUUUUGCACCCUGUUAGUUCAUUAUACGGUCUAGGAUUCACGGCUGAUUACAUAGUGUACCAUGAGUUAAUAAUGACGUCAAAGGAGUACAUGCAAUGUGUGACAAUGGUCGAUGGUCUGUGGCUUGCAGAAGUUGGUCCUGUUUUCUACAAAGUGAAAGACUCGACCAGAUCGAGAGAGGAAAACAGAAGAAAAAUGCGUGCAGAUAUGCAUGCUAUGGAAGAUGAAAUGCGUCGUGCAAGUGAAGUUAUAGCGGAGAAGCGAAAAGAAAGAGAGAAGACAGGAACAGCCGCAAUGUCCAGUAUUUGUUUGUCUAGGAGUCGCAUUGCAACUCCUGGUCGUAGAGAAACAGCUAGUCCUGCUGUUGAUCGCAGACCUUCCUUUAUGCGCAAGAGGCCGCACUCUGUAGGACUAUGAUGCUGUGAUGUUCAUCCAUAUCACAAAGACAGCCAUAACUGUUUGCAGACCGAAAUGCGGAACAGAGACAGUCUCUGGUCUGGUUGACAAGACCACAGGAAGAAAAUUGCAUAACUUUGACGUUGUUCUUUCAUGUAUUUUUUGAUGCUAGCUUAGUGUUCGAAGAAAUAAAAUUGUUUACUUGACCA